GCACGUGCGCCCCGUGGGAGGGGGCACGACACGCGGGAGUUCCGUCUGUCCUCGCGCACCGACCCCCUGGUGAGGCGCGCGAGCCCGAGCCGGGUGGGACGGCGCAGAGCGGCGGAUCGUGUGAAUUCUGUCUCGCCUCUUGAUGCGUCACACGCCUGCGACUCGAGCUCCAGAUGUCCCAGCGGGCGGGAGGCGAGAUCUCGCGAAGUUUCGGGGGCGUCGCUCGGGUCGUUGGCGCUGAGUUUGUGGAACAAUAGGCGCGUCGGCGCGUGCCGGGAGAGGAGGUAUUUUAAAUAUUAUUAGUAGAUGAUGGAACAUCUCCCUUGCAUAACCUUGUAAUGUCCAACAUUAAACUCAUCUGGUCGUGGUGUAACUACCUCAUUCAUUACAAGUCUGUGGCUGUAAAAUGAUCCUGCUCUGAGCACAUCCAUUUAUUGUUACACCAUCUGGAUUCAGGGGCUACUUGGCAGAGGAAUGUGGGCCACUAAACGCAUAUGUAGCAUCCAAAGGCAAUGGCCUUCAUUGAAGGAGGAUGUACUGCAUGGUAGCAUAUUUUUAAAAGUUCAUCAGUUUUGGACUGGUGUUCUGCGUUACUGCCAUCUAAGAGCCACACAUGUUAAAUCCACAUAUAAUGUACAGAAUGAAUGGCUGAUAAUGGACAUAGCAACCGCUGUUGGUGUUAAGAAAGUUAAAACAGCCUAUGGGAAAGGGCCCAAAGCAACAUAUGAUGAAAGACAACUCAUGAUGGAAGCAAAAAUGAAACAUCUCAACCUGUCAUUUGCAGCUUGUGGGUUUCUGGGUAUAUACCACUUGGGGGCAGCAUCUGCUCUUUGCAGGCAUGGUAAGAAGUUACUGAAGGUUGUGAAGGCUUUUGCAGGAGCUUCUGCAGGAUCACUGGUUGCCACAGUUCUGUUAACAAUGCCAGAAAACAUAGAGGAAUGUGAGGCGUUUACCUAUAACUUUGCAGAGGAAAUUAGAAAACAGUACUUUGGUGCAGCGACACCAGGUUAUGAUUUCAUGACACGACUUAGGGCAGGUAUAGAGUCUUUUCUUCCUUCUAAUGCUCAUGAGAUAGCAGAGAAUCGUCUCUAUGUAUCAAUCACCAACACUAAAAAUGGAAAAAAUUAUUUGGUUUCAAAUUUUGCCUCCAGGGAGGACCUCAUUAAGGUCCUCCUAGCCAGCAGUUUUGUGCCACUGUAUGCAGGAAUUAAAGCAGUGGAAUAUAAAGGAGAGAAAUGGAUUGAUGGUGGACUUACCAAUGGCCUCCCUAUUCUGCCUGUGGGACGAACAGUCACUGUUUCUCCUUUCAGUGGUCGAUUAGAUAUCUGUCCACAAGACAAAGGACAUGUAGAUCUCUAUAUUAAAGUUGCAAAGCAAGACUUAUUGUUGUCUGUGGCCAACCUGAUAAGACUUAAUCAAGCUUUAUUCCCACCAAGCCAGAAGAAGAUGGAAUCACUGUACCAAAAUGGAUUUGAUGAUGCUGUAUAUUUUCUACUAAAGGAAAACUGGUUUGAAUAGAUUAUGUGUAUGGAAAAUUAACAAUGUCUGAUAGCUGUCAAAACAAAGUUCAUGUAUCACUGAGAACCCAAGAUAUUGCUGCCAUGAUUUUUGAUAAUUAAAAUACAAAAUUCCAGAGGUAUUGGAUCUGUCAAGAAAAUAUACAGGUGCUUUGCUAAAAUUUGUCAGCAUGUCAGAAUGGAAAACUGUACUUACAUGGUAAAAGGAUCUGCUGUUUCAAAUAGGUAUAAUAGUAAAAUCUAUUAAAAUUAAAAGAAGGUCAUUUAGGAUGUACGGAACAGACUAGUGUAUUACUUCAUAAACUAUCGAAAAUGUGAUUGUUGACAAUCAUAUGAGAUACUCAUUCAGGUUGUGUCCUGAAAAUGUGCACUGUAUCUAGUUCUCUUAAGCUUUGAAUAGUUGUGUACUUUCUCUGUUAAUCUUAUUUUUUUGUGCAUAGUAAUUGACUGGUUGUAAUAUUUAGAGCAUGAACUCUAAUUACAAAGAGACCCUGAGAAACAAAACAAUUGAAUUGCAUUUCUUUAAUUAUAAUACAUGUAUUUUUUCACCAUUAGAACUUUUUGUCCUUUAAAUCAGUUCCAGGACUUAAAAUCCUGAAAUACCCAUCUGUUUCAAAAUUUAAGAAAAUGUUUUUUCUGUAAAAUAUGUUGGAAAGAAGAUUGCACCAGAUAUUAAUUUUAUUUAUGCAGUGGUUCUUUGUCUACUAAAUUUUAAUAAACUAAUUUAUGUUUGGAA